GGUUAGGGUUUUUGCUUUUCUCUGUUACCCGAGUCGUCCAACUAGGGUUUUUGUUUCCUUUUUGAUUGCUCUCUGUCAUCGCACACACAGAGAGAGAUGGAUUCGUUUUCUUCACCAUCGAGUGGAUCAUCGCCGCAGAUGUCGACCGAUGAAUUUAUGAACCAGCUCAAAACUCAGCUCGCCCAAGCUUAUGCCGAGGAGUUCCUUGAGACCGUAAGAGGAAAGUGCUUCGAGAAGUGCAUUACAAAACCAGGAAGUAGCCUCAGCGGGAGUGAGAGCAGCUGCAUAUCGCGGUGCGUUGAUCGCUACAUUGAGGCCACUGGUAUUAUCAGCAGAGCUAUUUUUAGUUCCCCACACUAAGAUUAAUUCAUGAAGAACACAGCACAGAUUACUGGAACUGUGUAAUUUUCAGUAAAAAGGAGAAUGGGACUCUUGACUAACUCCCCAUUUCUCUCAUUCAUAUUCUUCAUAGUGUGUUUCUUUUGAAUACUAGUUUUGAACCUGUUAGGCAGCUGAUAAGCUUUUUUAGAUUUUUUGGAUUCAUAUACCCGGCUUUACCUUGAA